AUGGGCUUCUUCGAAUUUGCCAAAGUUAUGAUGGUUGUGUACAACUUGUUAAUCCUGAUGGCAGGAUCGGGCUUGAUAGCUUCGGGGUUUUGGGUGCAGUUCAAUGGAGAUGUCCUGGGAUCGAGCUUACUGGGGGUUUUCUCUGUGAACACAGUGAACACCAUCAGAGUGAACAUAUUCUUCAUUAUUGUUGGAAUUAUAAUGGCCCUGCUGGGACUUUUGGGCUGCUGUGGGGCAAAAAAAGAAAGCAAGUGUCUCCUGAUAAUGUUCUUUUCCAUCAUUGCGAUCAUUUUAAUCUCGGAGCUGACGAUUGGGAUUUUCACCGUGAUUUAUUCUUCAUAUAUUGGGAAUCUUUUAAAAUCAUGGGCCAAACCUGUCCUGCAGAAUCAAUAUGGAAGCAAUUUUAAGUUAACCAACCAGUGGAACAUGACCAUGACAAAGGUAAAUCAAGGCUUAAAAUAA